AUGCCCCCAAAGAAGCGAACGGCUAAGAAAGAUCAUACAAGUAGCACUAUCAAGAACAACAACAACAAUACUCAUAAUAGUAGUAAUAAUAACAAUAGUGAUACUGUUAGACGCGGUAGAGGACGUCCUCCAAAGGCAGCGGCAGCGGCGGCGGCCUCAAUAGCAAUAGAGGCAAAGAAUAAUAAUAAUAAUAAUAGUAAUAAAAAUAAUAAAAAGGAUGAAUCGCCAUUGAGAGGCAAUCAUAGUAAUUUGGCGGUAACGUUAUCCGAUGCGAAUCAUGCUGGAAGAAUAACUACUAGGACUGCGGUUGUUGUUAAUACGAGUGCUAUUAGGUCGACAACAAGAACAACAAAUUCAUCCAUACGCGGUGUUGUUGGAAAACCACACAAACGCACACGUGCUGAGUAUGAUAAUAAUAAUAAUAAUAAUAAUAAUAGUGAUAACGAUUACAAACGAGAAGAGGAAAUUGAUGAGGAAAUUACCCUUGAACAGUUAGGACGUAUAGCUUUAGGCGUUGAUGGACCCCAAUCUCCACUCCCAUCCACACUCUCAACAACAGCAGCAACAGCAGCAACAGCCGCGGUAGCCGCAGAGAGUGUGAGAAGAGAUCCACAGAGUCCCUUUGCCGUCUGUGCUGCGGCGGCGGCAUUGGCCUCACCGAUGUUAACACCACAGCGUGAAAAUACAACGAGUCCUGAACACUUAACAAGUAGUAGUGGCCGCAAUACUUCUAUUUUAUCAUCUGUAGGUGUAAAGGGAGAAGGACAACGCUCACACUUCUCAUCACAUAAUAUUCGUGAAACCAUAUUAUAUGAUUCUGAUGAUAAUCACAAUCAUAGCAGUAGCCAUCAUAAUAGAGACCGUGACUAUAAUAAUAAUAAUAAUAAUAAUAAUGGGGAUCAUAAUGAUGAGGAUAUUAGUAAUGACAGUAGUAUUGCCCUCACUCCGGUGGAGCGGCCAUCCACGACACUUAUUCGUAAGGCCGCGGCCACACGUCCUGCUGUAUCCCCCGCCACUCUGUGGAUUUGCAUAGAUGAUGAUGAUGAUAACGAUGAUGAGAUUAAACUCAUCUCCUGCCCACCAUCACCCGCACGGCCAGUAGUAGCCGUAGAGAACCACGACGUUCUACCAGUUCUUACAAUGAAUGAUACCAUUCAUUCUGUUAAUAAUACAAUAUCAAAACAACAACAACAACAACAUCAAUCAGUUCCACCUACACGACGAGAACCGAUUGCGGAAGUAUUGCCUCCCACCUUUCGGGCGCGAAAAGGACCACUACAGGCGAAUAAACCACCACCCAGAGCACUUAGUCCAUUACCUAAUGGAUGUCUCAUCUAUGAUGAUGAUAUCACAGAAGAGGAUGAAGAAGAGGAAGAUGGUAAAAUUAUGAAAAAACAAAAGGAGAAUAAUUAUCUGGGUACAAGGAGAGGAGGUAUUCUUCCACCACCGCCACUACCACCACUGCGUCCCCUUUCUACGGUAACAUCAUCCAGUUGUCUGGAAGGUGAUAUUGGACAGGGAAGUUUCUUUACACUUCCAUACAAUACAAGUAUGUCUUAUAUAAAGGAUGAUGAUAACAGUACUAUUAGUAGCAGUGUUAGCUGUAGGAGUCCUAUCAGCAAGGAGGAAGAAGAAGAAGAGGAAGAGAAUAAUCGUAUAAAUCAAUUAAAAGAUAGAGUCUCUGGUAAUAAAAAAGAGAAAUCCGUAAAAGAAAAGGAAAAAGUAAACAAUGUUUCUAUGAAUAAUGCUUCUCAAUCCUUUUCUUUAACUUCUGUUGUUUUACCACGAGAAGAUGCUUCACUUGCAACCUUUGAUACUUGUGUGGGAAGUCCAACGCGUAGUGUACGUGAUUUUCUUUUCUCAUCACGUCGUCAGGCAUCCGCCGAUUGGGGAGAUUCCUCUUUUAAUUCCUUUACAGCAGGAGCUACAAUAACUACAACUGCUGCUACUACUACUAUUAUUGGUGCUGGUGGUGGUGGUGGAAAAGGGGUAUUAUCGGCAACAGCAUCUGUUCUAGCUGGUAAUGAUGCCUCUGAUGUGGAGUUUACUCGACCAGUAGAGAAACUUCGACCAUUAUUUAAUAAGAAGUUUACUCGAAAAAGUUUUUUAAAUACCGUAGAAAAUGUGGUCUCAAAGUUACAUUGUUUAGAAGCUGGUGAGUUUUGGCAGGCAUUUGAAAGUGCGGAAUAUGUUGGAGAAGGGAGUUUUGGUAUUGUCUGGCGUUGUCGUACUGUAGAUGGGGAUCUUGUGGCUGUGAAAUCCUGUCCAAUUAGUUUCCACUCCCGUGCGAGUAUUGAUGAUGCCUUUUCGGUAUUACGUGAAAUUGCUAUUAUGCGUUUUCUUAGUGAACAUGAGGUUCCUUAUGUUCUUCCUCUACACAGUGCCUUCUUUGUCCAGGCUCGUGAAGUCCUUCCACCCGAUGUAGUGGCUGCAGUGGAAUGGAAAUCACGACUCGCAAAGGCCGAAGAGGAACGACAACAACAACAACAACAACGUCUUGGUAAGAGAGGAAGAAAGAAAUCACAUCUGUUACUACUAGAUGAAGAAGUAAAAGAAGAAGAAAAAGAAGUAGUAGUAAAGGACGAAGAGAAGGAAGAAGUAAAGGAAACAGCGGAGGAAAUGGAAGAACGUCUACGAUAUGAAAAAGUACGUCUUCCUCGUUUUCUCUCUAUAUCGGUAGAAGACGCAUUAGAAUGUGAUGCGACGGCAUUUCUGGUAACGGAAUUAUGUGAUGGGGAUUUGGAAAGUAUUGAACGACAUGAUGGGAUUACGAAAGGUGUGGCCUUUUGUGUUUCCUCUGCUCUUGCGGCUAUGCAUCAACUUGGGCUUGUGCAUCUCGAUCUUAAACCAAGUAAUGUACUCUUCGCGUAUGAAAAUAGUCCCUCACAGCAAUAUCAAAUUCAACGCCAACAACAACAACAACAACAAAAGGAACAUUUACAAAAUCAUCAUUAUCAUUCUCAACAACAACAACAACAACAAAAUCAUCAUCAUCAUCAUACCUCAACACCUACACGAGAGAGUGGAGUCCCUUCUUCAUUAUCUUUAUCCCCUGCAGGGACACGUACAACUGGAAUGUCCAUGGCAAGUACGGUGAAGUUUUACUUGAGUGAUUUCGGUAACUGCCGUAUUGUAGGUCCAAACCCAACAGAUGAAGUCACAAAUGUAUUUGGAACCUUUGAAUAUAUGGAUAUUAGAGCAUUACAAGAUAAAACGUGUAGUCGAGCUACGGAUUGUUUUAGUUUAGGUGCGACUCUUUAUGAAUUACUUUACUCUCGUCGACUCUAUCCACCGUGUAAGAACCCAAAGUGUGUGUCUGAGGAGGAUCACACCCGACACUGUUAUGUAGAGGCAGCACAGCAGCCAGUGAUGAUAUUAACACCUCCACCCCAACAACAUCAUCAAUCAUCGUGUUCAACGCCUCCAUCAUCUACUCCUUCUUCUUAUUCACAUGUUCUGCAGAAAGUGACGGCAGGGCUAUUAGCGUUGGAUCCAUCGGAACGUUGGACGGCAGAUCGCUGUCGCUCGUUUUUCUUGAUCAAUGGUAUUGCGAAUGUCGCCACAACAACCGUAACAAGAGUAGAAGCACCAUCAACAUCAACACCACCAUAA